CAAGAGGCAAGCCGGCGCAAGUGAGUGAGCUCAUCGCGAGUUACAAACCGCGAGUUACUGAUAACGGGAAGCGCCACCAAUCGCAUCAUGUUGGCACGCGGAGGGUUCGUGAUAGUGACGUUGGUGAUCCUUAUCGCCGAUGGAUACUGGGUAGAAGGGCGAGCUGUUCCACACCAUCGUCGCCGAGGUGAAGGUGUCACCCGGCUGCACAAUGUGACGCUCAACAACGCCACCCUGGUUCCGGCGAUGGCCGCCGGAGGUGAGCUGGUCCUGCAUGGCUACCGGAUCGAACGUUUCGGCAAGGACAUGUUCGACCUACUGUCACGCACGGCCAGCCUCACACUGCGCAAGGGGUCGAUCCCGAACGUGUUCUUCUACUCGCACACGCUCGACUCGUUCCAGAUCGAUUCCACCGGUCUGGAGACCUUCGAUUUGGACCCAUUCGAGUUGCCAAACCUGCGCAUCCUGCAGAUCACGCGAAACUCACUCGAGCUGAUCACCCCAAGAAUCUCGUACCUGACCGGACUGCGUUCACUCGAUCUCUCCCAGAACCGUCUCACCCACGUCAAGCUGAGCCUCUUCGAACCGAUGCGACAACUGCGCGAUCUCGAUCUGUCCGUCAAUCGCAUCGUCCGAAUUGCAGCCACCGAAAACCCCGAACAACCACUAACCGUUCGCAAUCUUUGGAUAAGCUACAACCGGUUGGAGUUGUUCGACGAAUUUCCCGAGGCUUUUCCGUCGCUCGAAACUAUGCGUUUGCACGGCAACGACUGGAGUUGCCCGUGGGUGGAUUGGGCACGAGGUGAGAUCAUGCGAAAAGGAAUCACGGUGUUUGGAGCGGAUUACGAUUGCAGCGGGGACCGCCGGGGAGGACUAUGCUGCUACGACGGACUCAGAACGACGACGGAGACCGGACAACCCGUGGACGCUCCGACGCUGAUAAUUGAGAACGAACCCAACGGCACCAUCGGGGUUAAGUUUGGAGAAGUGGAAAUAUUUUACUGAUAAA